AUGUCUGAUUCCCAUUCUACCUCUAUCAAUAUUUCGAAAAUCGCAGGAAACGCUCCCGACGAAAUUAAAGAGCUUCUUGGGGAUCUUGGAACCUUUCUUGGUGUAGGCCUACGGAAUGGGACCGUAGAGUUCGGGAACGCUAUUCAGAGCAGGCUAAGAGUAACAGAUAUAACUGUCAGGAAGAAUCCAGUUGAGGAAAACAAAACGGAGGCGAAGGUGAUCAUGGAAAUCCAAGUACAGGAAGAUAUGCUUAACCCAGGUGGAAACCUUCAUGGUGGUUGCUCCGCUUUACUAGUCGAUGUGUAA